AUGUGGAAGGACGCUGAAGGUAAAAUCGUAACCAAGAAGCCUAACUUGGGUUCCUCCGUCGACGGCCGAGAGCAUUCUAGCUCUGCACCCCAACAGUCACAAGCAGAGGACCCACUGCAGUCACUCUCGGAGCUCACCCAGUUCGAGUCUCGCGAACACGGCGCGCCAAUAUCUCCACUUUCAUGUGACCCUUCGCUCUGCCACUCUACGUUCGACGACCACGACUCUGGCAUUGCAAGCGGCUACCCUCCUACUAACUUGGAUGUGAACGCACUGUCUGGAUCCGAAUCAUUGUCUCCCAUUGACCAGCAAUUCUGGUCUACCAGUCUCCCUCAACCUGAACCGGAACCUCUUGCACCUCUAGUAUUCAACGAUGCUCCGUUUGACGACAUCUUCAACCCGGAUACGGCAAGCUCUUUCAACAAUCCAUUCACAACCAUGAACAAUUAUCAAUGGCUGUUCUCUAUCGAUGGCUUCGAGCAACCAUCAAUACAGCCUGUGAUGAAUGACCCUUUCUCUCCAUUUCAGUUUAACAAUUCGGUUUCUCGACCCAGUCAUGUCUUCGAUCUACACCUUGAUCAUUUGAUCGUCGACGACGACAACAACAACAACAACAACAACAACAACAACAACAACAACAACAACAACAAGCCUCGGUCUACUGCAGCAAACUACGGCUCUGGUCCUUCGCAGAGAACGGACUCUCCACAGCAAAUGUCGCCACCAGCUGCAUUCGUUACUCCACCAUUGACGGAGAAUACACAAACAAGCCGUAAACCCUCUGAGCAAGAGGAAGCCACACAGAGCAAUAUGGUCAACGCCUUCUCAGAUGCUUUUCCACAACAGUCGGGCAGCACUCAAACCCCUUUGGAUCUCGAGCGACCGAUGUCGCUACUGCAGCCAUCGAGAUGCUUGCCCAUCAUCGACGAGCUAGCCCGCCAACAAGUACUAGAUUUGAUCGAUAUUGCUCAGCCCACUGCUCCGGAUGGCAGCCUAGUCAUGCGCGAUCACCCGCUUCUAUCGCUCUCAUGUCUCCAGACGUACUGUGACCUCUUCUUCACUCGCUUCAACACAACAUAUCCUUUGAUCCAUAUGUCGACGUUCGACCCAUGUAAUGUUGAUACAUUGCUGCUGGUUUCGGUCUUACUGCUCGGAGCUACAUACGGGGAGAAAGAUGCGCAUCAACUCGCUGUCUGCAUCCACGACGUCGUUCGACCACAAAUUUUCGCGAACGCUGGUUUCUCUGCGAAGCCGGACCUCUGGGUACUACAGACCAUCUUGCUGGUCGAAUGUUUUGGCAAGAGCCGAGCUGGCCAGAAACAGCAUGACAUGAGCCACCUGUUCCACGGCCUUUUGAUCAAUCUGAUCCGGCGAAGCGAUUGUCAAUCGAUCCGCCCACCAACACUUGAAGACGCGACGGACGAUCUAGAAGAUGAUUGGCGGACCUGGGUAGACGCUGAGCAGAAGAAGAGGCUUGCCUUUCUCUGCUUCAUGUGGGACACACAGCAUGCUGUUCUAUUCUGCCAGUCCUUGUGUAUGUCGGCAUUCGAAUUACGGUCGAAUCUACCAUGCGACCAAUCGCUCUGGGAGGCCGACUCAGCAGAGAGCUGGCACCAGCUUCGCCAGAAGCAACCUUCAAGUCUCCUCUUCUUAUCCUGCCUGAAGAUGUACCUCAACCCCUCCGCUUCGGUUUCCGUCCCCAAGAACCUCAACGCACUAUCUCGAGCGCUACUUCUACACGGACUGAUGUCUAUCGCCUGGGACAUGCAACGGCGGGACCAGACAUCCCUCGGCGUCGUCGACACAAAUCCGCUCGGCAACUGGCAAACCCGUCUGGCAACAUCAUACAAGGCUUGGGACAAGGACUUCGAAGCGUUUUCCUCAUUCUAUUUAGGGCGCUUGCCGUCUGCGACACAUGCUCUUGCCAAAGAAUUUCAGGCUUUCCACACAGCUGUCUCCUCUCUGUACCACUCCGCACACAUCCUCCUCCAUACCCCGUUCCUCGACCUCCAAAUCUACGCCGGCGCAAGACACAUCCUUGGCCGCCCCGUCGCACGAGCAGACUACGCUCGCAGCCAGAAAGUUGUCAAGAAAUGGGUCGCCGACAAUCUCAAAGAAGCUGGCAAAGCAGUUUGGCAUGCCGCUGCGCUCGUCGAGCAAGGUAUUUCCAUCCUUGACACCGACUCGUCGUCCAGCGACCUCGGAGGCAGCCGUCUUUGGCACCUGCCUUGGGCGGUGUAUCUUGGUACGCUGACUGUUUGGGGCGUGUGGUAUGCGCGUCCUGUCUCGCCACACUCAUCUGGUCCACACGAUGAAGAUGAGGAUGAGAUUAUAUGGGACCCGCAGGCAGAAAUGACAGGCUUGUUGGAGACGAUUUUGAAGAGUAACGGGGAGCGGCUUUUGGAAGUUGGCUACGAAAGGGGAAUUGCGGGAGGUAUGGGCAAGAGAGGUACGAAUGGGUUAGCUGCUGUCGUCAGUCGGUGUUUAGGGAAGGUGCGAUGGGCCGUUGUGCAUGAUGGGAUGAUGGUGCUCAGGGGUCUAGUGCAAUGGAGGUUGGUGGGCGGAGGAGGGAUGUUGUGA